GCAGUCUGGGCGUUCCAGAGAGGUGAUGCUUUAAAACGAGCGCGCACAACUUCGGUUUGUUCAUGAGAAACCAACGUAUUACUUGACUCUUCUUAAAGCAUAGGACGGGACGAACAGCCUGGUUGUGGAAUUAGUUUUGCAGAAUUCGCAGCGUGCUCGGGAUAUUUUUCUUUGUUUACGUUUCAGAGGGUAAAUUUGUAACGUUGAAAAAAUGUUUCCUAGAGUCGGAUUGAAGCUGCAGAAUCGUUUCUUUUCUAGGGCAGAACGGGUUUUCAGACCCCUGAGACAGCCAGGUUCACUCGUUCAAAGAAGUUGUGGCAUCUGCGUGGAGAGCCGACCUAGCGUCCCCGCCCUCACCACCAGCUACGCCCACGGCACCUCCAGCCGCUCCCUGCGCCACAGCACCAUCGGCGAGGCCCUGCUGCAGUCGGUGGAGCGCUGCCCGGACCGCGAGGCCCUGAUCUUUCUGGAGGAGGGGAUCCGGAAGACCUUCGCCGAGUUCCUGCACGAUGUGGACCAGACCGCUGCCGGCCUGCUGGCCCUGGGACUGCAGAGGGGGGAUCGCUUGGGCAUGUGGGGGCCCAACAUCUACGAGUGGCUCCUGUAUCAGUUUGCCACAGCCAAGGCCGGCAUAAUACUGGUGUCAGUGAACCCGGCCUAUCAGGUUUCCGAGGUGGAGUAUACGUUGCGAAAGGUGGAGUGCAAUGCCGUGGUCUGUCCGACAGCCUUUAAGACUCAGCAAUACGUAGAAAUGCUGAGGAAGAUCUGCCCAGAGAUCGACUCCUGCACCCCAGGAGACCUUAAGAGCGCAAAGCUCCCUCACCUGAGGUCGGUGAUCGUCACGGACAGCCGCCACCCCGGGAUGUUCCACGUGGACGACGUGAGGCAGGCGGCCGGCAGCGAGCACACCCGGCUGCUCCAGGACCUGCAGAGGAAGCUCUGCUUCGACGACCCAAUCAACAUCCAGUUCACCUCGGGUACCACUGGGAUGCCCAAGGGAGCCACAUUGUCCCACCACAACAUCAUCAACAACGUCUGCAUCUUUGGCGUUCGCAUGGGAUACACCUGGAAGCCCAAGGUUCGGAUAUGUCUGCCCGUGCCCAUGUACCACUGCUUCGGCUCGGUGGGCGGGGGGAUGUCCAUGGCGGUGCACGGCACUUCCCUGGUCUUUCCCACCGCUGGCUACGACGGACGGGCUAACCUGGCUGCUGCCGAGAAAGAAAAGUGCACCUUCAUCUAUGGCACGCCAACCAUGUAUGUGGACAUGCUCUCCCACUACACGCCCGCAAAGUACGACUUAUCCUCAGUGGAGGCAGGCAUCAUGGCCGGGGCCCCUUGUCCACCUGAGGUUGUGAGGGAAGUCAUUUCAAAGAUGGGCAUCAAACAGAUUACACUGGGCUACGGUACGACGGAGAACAGCCCUGUAACUUUCUGUGGGGACCCCCUCGACAACGAGGAGAGGAAGGUGGAGACGGUGGGCUACAUCAUGGACCACGUAGAGGCGAAGGUGGUGAACCCUUCCACUGGGGUGAUCGUUCCGCUGGGGACGACCGGGGAGUUGAUGAUCCGGGGUCACUGUGUGAUGCUGGGCUACUGGAACGACGAGGACAAAACCAGGGAGUGCAUCUCUCCGGACGGCUGGUACAAGACCGGGGAUAUUGCCAGCUUGGACGGCUACAGCUACUGCCGUAUUGAGGGCAGAAUCAAGGACAUGAUCAUACGCGGCGGAGAGAAUAUCUAUCCAGCAGAGAUCGAGCAGUUCCUCCACACGCAUCCCAAAGUCAUGGACGCCCAGGUGGUUGGUAUUAAGGACCAGCGGAUGGGAGAGGAGGUCUGCGCCUGCAUCAUGCUCAACGAAGGGCAGGAAUGCACCGCAGAAGAAAUCACAGCGUUCUGCAAGGGCCAGAUCGCCCAUUUCAAGAUCCCAAGAUACGUGAUCUUUGUAGACCGCUACCCGCUCACCGUGAGUGGAAAGGUUCAGAAGUACAAACUAAGCGAGCAGGCUGAGAAGUUGCUCGGACUUUGAGGACCUUUAACAGGAAUCUUAUCAGCUUGUUGGAAUACCCGAUACUGGAACAGCUCCUUCCUGUUCUGUUACCAAAGGAGUUCUCUAUGAAGAGAGUUCAGGAGCCACCCAUUGCAUCAGGACAUUUUUAAUGCAAUAUUUUAACCGUCCAAAAUAAUUAUCAAGCCGUCCAAUGAGGGACGGAUAAAGCUGUUUGUGAUGAUAAACAGGAAGUGCAAACCAAAGUUUUAAACGCACUAAUAAACAUCGUACCACCUCGAAUAUGAAUACUAAUGUUUAGACUGCAUUAUAAAUUCAUGAUUAUUUUAAAUGUAUAUUAUAAAUAUAUUUUAACUCUUAUUUGCAAUCUUUACAUUGUCAGUCCUUUAGUAGUUUACUCAAUAAAAACAAUGUUGAAAUAUUUUAA